CCCAGCGCCGCCGCCAAGGCCUCCCUCUUCGCCUCGCAGGAGAGGUUCUUCCAGGAGCUGUUUGAGGGGGAGCUGGCCUCGCAGGCAGCGGCCGAGUUUGAGCAGGCCAUGCAGGAGCUGGCCCGGGAGGAGCCGCACUUGGUGGAGCAGUUCCAGAAGCUGUCAGAAGCGGCGGGAAGAGUGGGCAGCGACACGGCGUCGCAGCAGGAGUUCACCUCCUGCCUGAAGGAGACGCUGAGUGGCCUGGCCAAGAACGCCACUGACCUGCAGAGCUCCUCGGCCUCGGAGGAGGAGCUGGCGAAGGCACUGGAGGGGCUGGGGCUGGAGGAGGGCGAUGGCGAGGGCAGCGUCCUGCCCGUCAUGCGGAGCAUCAUGCAGAGCCUGCUCUCCAAGGACGUGCUCUACCCUUCACUGAAGGAGAUCACUGAGAAGUACCCCGAGUGGCUGCGGCGGCACGGUGAGGCGCUGCCAGCCGAGCAGUACGAGCGGUACCGGGCGCAGCACGGCGUGAUGGGCCGCAUCUGCCAGCAGCUGGAGGAUGAGCAGCCAGGCGAGGGCGAGGAGGAGCGGCGAGCGCGCUUUGAGACCCUCCUCGACCUCAUGCAGCAGGUUAGCUGGGGGGGAGACGGACCCCCCCGGACCCCCAGUGCCAUCCUGAUGACCCCCAUGUCUCCCCGGCAGCUUCAGGACCUGGGGCACCCACCCAAGGAAUUGGCCGGGGAGUCGCUGCCAGCGAACUUCCGGCCUCGGCACUUGCUGCCCGCAGCACCGCUGCCGCUGCUGCGCAGGGUGAGUGCUCUGGAAAACACGAUGUCGGAUAAAGGAAGCAGCAUGGACGGGAAGACAGACAUAGUGAAUGGCAGCUUGUCCAGCAGCCCAGAGGAGAUGUCAGCCGAGGAGGGCCGAGAAACCUCCUCUGGCAUCGAGGUGGAGGCCUCCGACCUCAGCCUGAGCCUCACAGGAGAUGAUGUGGGGCCCAACCGCACCAGCACAGAGAGCCGGGACACGGACACGGAGAGCUCGGGGGAAGAGAAGGACUCUGAUAGCAUGGACGACACGGGCCACUACUCCAUAAAUGAGGAGAACCGUGCCCUCGAUCGGUCACACUCAGAGGAGGAAGAGGAGGAGGACGAAGAGGAGGAGCAGCAGUCCCACCGCCGUGCCCAGCGCAAGCGUGCCAACCAUGACCAAGACUCCUCUGACGAUGAGCAGGCCCUGGAGGACUGGGUGUCCUCGGAGACCUCGGCGCUGCCCCAGCCCCGCUGGCAGGCAGUCCAUGCCCUCCGGGAAAGGGAGCUGGGCUCCAGCGCCCGCUUCGUCUAUGAGGCCUGCGGGGCCAGGGUCUUCGUGCAACGAUUCCGCCUCCAGCAUGGCCUGGAGGGCCACACGGGCUGUGUCAACACCCUGCACUUUAACCAGCGUGGCACGUGGCUGGCCAGUGGCAGCGAUGACCUCAAAGUGGUGGUGUGGGACUGGGUCAGGAGGCAGCCGGUGCUGGAGUUCGAGAGUGGCCACAAGAGCAACGUUUUCCAGGCCAAGUUCCUCCCCAACAGCGGUGACUCCACUCUGGCAAUGUGUGCUCGGGACGGCCAGGUCCGGGUGGCCGAGCUCUCUGCCACCCAGUGCUGCAAAAACACCAAGCGCGUGGCACAGCACAAAGGAGCUUCACACAAGCUGGCCCUAGAACCGGAUUCUCCAUGCACUUUCCUAUCAGCAGGUGAAGAUGCUGUAGUCUUCACCAUUGAUCUGAGACAAGACCGGCCCGCCUCGAAACUGGUUGUGACAAAGGAAAAGGAGAAGAAAGUAGGUCUAUACACCAUCUAUGUGAACCCAGCCAACACCUACCAGUUUGCUGUGGGAGGCAGAGAUCAGUUUGUCAGGAUUUAUGACCAGCGGAAAAUAGAUGAGAAUGAGAACAACGGUGUGCUAAAGAAGUUCUGCCCUCACCACUUGGUGAACAGUGAGUCCAAAGCCAACAUCACCUGUCUUGUCUACAGCCAUGACGGCUCAGAGCUGUUGGCCAGCUACAACGAUGAAGACAUUUAUCUCUUCAACUCUUCUCACAGCGAUGGAGCAGAGUACAUCAAGAGAUACAAGGGACAUCGCAAUAAUGCCACUGUGAAAGGCGUCAACUUUUAUGGCCCAAAAAGCGAGUUUGUGGUGAGCGGCAGCGAUUGCGGCCACAUCUUCCUGUGGGAGAAAUCGUCCUGCCAGAUUGUGCAGUUCAUGGAGGGUGACAAGGGAGGAGUGGUGAACUGCCUGGAGCCCCAUCCCCACCUCCCUGUCCUGGCCACCAGCGGCCUCGACCACGACGUCAAGAUUUGGGCGCCCACGGCAGAGAAUCCCACUGAGCUGGCCGGCCUCAAGGAGGUGAUCAAGAAGAACAAGCUGGAGCGGGAUGAGGACAGCCUCCACCACACAGACAUGUUUGACAGCCACAUGCUCUGGUUCCUUAUGCACCACCUGCGACAGAGACGCCAUCACCGGCGCCGAAGAGAGCCAGGAGCACCGGAUGGCGACUCAGAUGAGUCUCCCAGCUCCUCCGACACCUCGGAUGAUGAGGAAGAGGGGCCGGACCGGGUGCAGUGCAUGCCGUCAUGAGCCCCCCCAGCCCCCGGCCAGCGCGGGGGGGCUCCGGGCACGCAUCAUCCCUACUAACACUUUGAGCUUUGUAUUGACUUGUUAAGGACCCUCCCCCCGCCCCUGUUCCCUCCCUCCUCAUCCUCGCAGUCCCCCCAGACCACUGGAGGCGGCAUAGCCUCGGCUCGGGGGUCCCUUCCCUCCCCAGGACCCACGCAGAGAUAGGGGGGUGGGGGAUUUUUGUACUAACGUGGCCCCCCGGUCCCCUCUCACACUCUUCUGAGGGGGACCUGGCCCCCUCCCCGGCACCAGCCCUCACAUUCUUCAGGGCUCCCCCUUCUUCCCUGGGGGCUCUGGUCCCCCUG